AUGGGAUGCUGUGGAGCCAAAUCUGAAAAUAAACAAAAAGAAAUGAGUAAAGAACAAAAAUCUCUUGCCAUUAAUAAAUUUUAGGUAGGUCCAGAUAUCUUUAUUAACUUAAAGCAAGGUGAUAUAUCAGAUAAUUAUAUCAUUAAUAAAAUCUUAGGAGAAGGUUCAUAUGGUCAAGUAAGAUUAGUCUAACAUAAGAAAUCUGGUCAAUAAAGAGCCAUGAAAUAGAUUUUAAAAAAGAAAAUACUCAAAGAUUAAGAAGAGGCUAUGUUUAGUGAGGUGAAUUUGCUUAAAAAUAUGGAUUAUCCUUCCAUUGUUAAAUUAUAUGAGUUAUACUAAGACAAACAAAAUUAUUACCUUGUCACAGAAUAUCUUAAUGGAGGAGAACUACUUGAUAAAUUGACUAAAUUACAAACUUUUAACGAAAGAAUGGCAGCAGAAUAUAUGAAGUAAGUUCUAUCAGCACUAGCCUAUUGUCACGCAUAAAACAUCAUUCAUCGGUAAUUAGCAUAUAAUCAAUUUAGUGAUAUGAAGCCUUCUAAUAUUAUGCUUGUUUCCUCAGAUCCACAAUCUAAGAUUAAAGUUAUAGAUUUUGGAACAGCUAAGAGGUAUGUAACUGGUGAAACAUAGACAUAGGUAAUCGGAACGCCGUUAUAUAUUGCACCAGAAGUCAUUGAUAAAAAUUAUACCGAAAAAUGUGACAUCUGGUCAUGUGGAGUUAUUUUAUACUAAAUUUUAACUGGAAAAUUUCCAUUUGAUGUCAAAGUUUCAAGCUUGCAGCAGCUUUUCAACAACAUCAAAUCUGGGAAAUAUAAUUUUACAUCAAAGGAAUUUACUUCAUUAUCGUAUGAGGCUCAGGAAUUGAUGAAAUCAAUGUUGCAAUUCGACCCAAGCAAAAGACCCUCAGCCCAAAAGAUUUUGGAUGAUCCUUGGAUAAAAGAGAAGGCAAGAGAAGAGAAGAUUAGUAAGGAUGUUAUGAAUGAAUUGGGCAAAUUUAGAAAUGAAAGUUAUAUGAGAGCAGCCAUUAUGUAAUUAAUUGCAGGCUCCGUUAUGUCGAAUGACGAAAAAGAGUAACUCACUUCAACAUUCUAAAGUAUGGAUAAAAAUAAGGAUGGGCAGUUAUCAAAAGAAGAAUUAAUUUAAGCAUAUACAUAAGUAUUUAAUGAUGAGUUGAAGGCUAAGCAUUUGGUUAAUGAAAUAUUUGAUUAAAUAGACCAAAACAAAUCUGGUAAAAUAAGUUAUACAGAAUUUCUAGUGGCAUCUGCUAAACAAAAUAUUAUUCUUUCUAAAACUAAAAUUGAUUAAGCUUUUAAGAUGUUUGACAAAGAUGGAAAUGGAGUUAUAACAAAAGCAGAAAUAUAAGAUAUUAUGUGUGGAAUUGAUAUUGAUAACGCUGAAUGGAGUUAAAUAAUAUCCUAAUGUGAUAAAAAUAAUGAUGGAAACAUCUAAUAUGAAGAAUUUGUAUCCAUGUUGUUGACAGUGGUCAAUAAAUGA